AUGACAAAAGCAGCUCGCUAUGCCGACUUGCUGGACGAUGCCCGCUGCGAGGGCAACUGGCCAGAUGUUCCAGAGCUGGUUCGCAAGGUCCGCAAACACGAUCCGGCGCGAGAAUGCCUGACAUUGACCGCCGAAACAGAAUGCGCCAUCUCCAAAGUAACCGCUGCUGGCACGCAGCCAACCGACCUCGACGUGCCCAACAGACUUCCGAAGCUUAUGGCUGUGGUUGAGGCCGAAACUCGCCCCGAGGAACGAUUCCAGGCUCAAGUCUGUGUUGGAUGGCUACACUGGGUGGUUGGCGAGUAUUCUUUGGCGCUGGAACGACUGCCCAAAAGUCUCAACGAGCAAUACCCAGAUAUCGACCCGGCAAACACAGCAUCGGAAUGGACCAGCGUGUGUGCAUUAAAGGCUGCCUACCUCAGGGCGAACAUCCUAAUGAGAGAUGGACAGAGAUUAGCAGCGCUGGCUGCGUUACAGGAGGGUCUCCCAUCUUUGGAUCGAGUCUGGUGUGGCCAUGGCAUCCGUAAACAGUUGCGGUACUGGUCGGAGCUGUUCCUGACUGAGCAUUGUAUGCUCACCAGCGAGGCGCUCCAUAACAGCGAAAUCUCCCUGGACGACCCCAAUUCCAUCUCCAGCUUUCGAUCUUGGGCAAAAUACUGGAAAAUCAUGUCCGCCCCCGUCGCAGGCGGUUUCGGAUUCAAGGGCUCCGUACCCCGGAGGAGGAUCUGGAAUGAAUACUAUCUGGCGCUUUCCCGAAUCUUGGAGAAUGACCUACCUUAUCCAACAGGGCAGGCUGAGAAGAUGGUCGAGGAUAUGUCAGCUCGAAGUCAGUUGAGGGUAGAGGUCCAGCGGGCAGAAGCAGCCUAUCAAGCCCUCUUGCUGGGUGAGACCGCCUUUCCACGAGCAGACGAAGAGCGCGCGGAAAUUGAAACAUUCGUCAAGCAAGUCAUGAUGAAUUGGUCCAUUUUGUGUGGCCGUGGAUGGAGUGAGCAGGACUUGGGCCAAGGGGGCCGAGAUCUCCUUAGCCGAACCGUGCUUGAUACUUUGUACAGUGCCGCAACAAGGACCUAUCACUCAACAGCCAUUCUUAGAUCUCUAUUCAACGUUCACUUGUCGGUGGCUGAAUUCGACCUGGCGUUCAAGGCGCUCGAUUCCUACCUGGAUAUUCUUAAAAAGGGCAAGGCUCGAGUGGAGAAGACGGGACACCCAGAGCCGAGCUUGGAUGAUGACAAAACUGCUCUCGAGACCAUGUCGCAAGGCAUCAUGAUUUUAUGCAGUUACGGUCACCAGGAAGCCGCAGAAAAGGCCCGACAUCUGGGUGCUGAGCUGGAGGACUGGCUAUCUAAACUCCCACACGUAAAUGGGCAGGAGAAUGGCACCCCUGCGAUUGCGGAGGAUAAAGAAGAGAGCGAAGUGCACUCAAAUGCUCCGCCUCCUCAAACUGUGGCCCUCGCCUGGCAGGCCAUUGGUCUUGCACAUGCUCAUUGGUCGCGGAUGACGACUGAAGCUGGGUCGAGGGCUGAGAUACAGUCCAAGGCCAUCAGAUGCCUUCGCAGGUCUCUAGCUCCUGAAUUCGGCCGUUCAAAGGACGUCCGGAGCUUUUUCAGUCUCGGACUCUUGUUAGCCGAGCGGCGGGAGCUGGCUACAGCUAUAGAGCUCGUUAGAUCAGCAUUAAUAGCCGUACAUGGGUUUGAAGAGGACUAUAAUCUGUUCUAUGGACCUUAUUGGCAGGAGAGGUCUCUUAUCCCCUUGUGGCAUCUUCUAGCUCUUCUUCUGAGCGCCCGACAAGAUUAUGUUAUGGCGGCGAGGGCUUGUGAGGGUGCCUUGGAACAGUUCAAAGACCCAACCGUUGUCUUUGGCAAGUCAGACGGUGGAUUUCGCAGCGAGCACCUCAACGACGCCGAAGCUAAGGCCGCGCCGCCAAGAGGGCUUGUUGAUGAUAUGAGUGAUGAGGAGAAGGUGGGCAUCUUGGACGUCAAGAUGACACAAAUCGCCUUGGUUGAGCUCAUGGAAGGGCCAGACGUUGCUGUAAAUGCCAGCUUUGAGCUGCUGACUUUGUUUUCACGAUUGUUCGGCAACAUCGGCGUGCAGCAGCAGGCACUCAAGCCCCCAGCUCUUGCGGAGCCGCCAAAGACUUCACGUACGUUCAAGGGCAGCAUAUUUGGGUCACGCGCAGACCGGUCGAGGCCACCUACCAGGCAGAUAAGCAACGCAACUCUGGGUGAAAAAUCAACAGUGUCGGCAAGGCCUGCUACAUCUCACACUACUGCUGCCAGCAUCGCCCCGGCCGUUCAGGUAACAUCGGAGAACGGAGAUGGGCGAUCACGGAGCGGCAGUCUGGGGGCCCAGACGCAGAGGAGCGAGUCCGGAAGAAGAAACAGCUUGAAAAAGAAAACUAGAAGCGGUAGCCAGCGGCGCAGAUCAUCGAGUGCGGGCGGCCUAUCACAUCAAGCCACGGUGGUUGGAGAUUCCGAUUUGACUGAUCACGACUUCUUCUCAGCCUCUGGUAGACGCCUACAGUCUCGAAUGGCAAAUUCAUCUCGAGGCAGGACGCUGUCGUCACUAAACUCGUACCUCUCCACGAAUUCCAAGUACACUGACGAUUCAGAUAUGUCAACUGACAUUAGCAUUACACUACCUCACCUUCUGCCUCUGAUAAAAUUCCCCAAAAAUAAGGAGAAAUCUCAACGAACAACAAUUCUAAUCAAAGUAUGGCUCAUGAUUGCUGGUUUCUAUCGCCGAGCGGGCAUGUUGGAGGACUGCAAGGGAGCAGUUGCCGAGGCGCAGAAACUCGUCCAGACACUUGAAAGCGAAAUGGCGAAAGAGCCGACCAGCGGAUCGGGUUCCACCAGGGGUCCGGCUUGGGGUGAAAAGAAGAGCAUAGAUGAACUCUGGGGUGACAUUUAUUCCGAGCUGGGUCUUCUGGCGCUCGCAAAGGAAACUCCAUAUACGGCUCGAACUGAUUUUGAAUCAGCUUUAACGUAUUAUCCCGAUCAUCCCGCAGCAAUCGUUGGACUGUCCAAUAUCCUACUUGACAUCUACAGCGAGAAGCUGCUUCCUACGCCAGCAAUUCCUUCCUUGGAUGGUCACGAGGUUUUUGAUGAUGUGCGUCCUGCCAAAUCUGAUUCUUCCUCGAGCGCCCUCAAAACCCUGCCAUACACCCCGCUGGGACUCGUUUCCGACGUAUACACUACCGAAACCCACUCUAGCGAAGGCGACGAAAAGGAGACAACCAAGGCUGCGGGCUCUGGUAGUGAUUCUCGCGACGAGGACGAGCUCCCCGCGCCGUACAAGGCCUUUCACCUCCCUCUCGUCGACCGAUUGGCUGCUCGUGACCGUGCCUUUACGCUGCUGUCGGGACUUACUCGUCUCGGCACGGGCUGGGAUUACUCAGACGCAUGGUUUGCGCUUGCUCGCGCCCACGAAGAAAAUGGGCAGAUCGAAAAGGCCAGAGAGGUCCUUUGGUGGUGCGUCGAACUCGAGGAGGCCAUGGGAGUGCGUGAUUGGCGCUGUCUCGCUGCUGGGGGCUACAUCAUUUGA